UUGUCGUGGUUCUGAGAAAAUCAAUGCAGAUUGAGUGUUUGUGUUUUUUACGAAAAUGCUUUACCGUUAAUUGAGCAUUUGGUGAUCACUUUUGGAAUCUAAAGGUUAAGUUUAGAUAUGGAGAUCGCAAGAGUUUCAAGAAGGGAAAUCCUGCUGAUCGUAGUAUGCGCAGGUUUAUUCUUUCUGUUUUGUCAAUUUAUUUUGCAAUGGGACUCUGAUGUGGAACCAAAGGAUGAAGUGACACGACUGGGCGAAAAUGAGGUUUCGUUUGAAGACUACAAGGACAAUAUGCCUCAACGGAGCGAUCUUCUCGAUCAAAUAAAGAAAAUGGAUAAUUCUGACGUUCCAUAUGGAUAUGACUUCAAUGUUGACCGCAUCGAAAGAGACAUAGGGAACCCAAAGCAAUAUGCUGAGUCAAACAAGCUUCCUUUCAUUUUGUGGUGGACUCCAUUUACAGGUGAUAUGGGAUCAGUUAAAAAGUGCUCAAAGGGGAAGUGCUUCUUCUCACAAGAUAGAACAUUGUUUGACCACCGUCUCACCAAAGUCCUGAUGUUUUAUGGAACCAAUAUAAACACAUCAGAUCUUCCUCUUCCUAGAAAAGGACACCAUGAGUGGGCAGUGUUACAUGAAGAAUCUCCAAAGAAUAAUGUUUUAUUUUAUCAUGAAGACUUCAUUUCACUUUUUAAUCACACAUCAACAUUCAGACAAACAUCUGACUACCCAAUAACGACUCAGUAUAUGAAUUCUUUAGAAGAACUGCAAAGGCAACCUUUUAUGAGUUUUCAUGAAAAAGAUCAACAAGAUAUUGCACCUGCUAUGUUCCUACAGUCAGGCUGUAAUCCUCCUUCAGACCGUGAUGCAUACAUUCAUGAGCUGAUGAAAUACAUACAAGUGGAUUCUUAUGGAGCAUGUUUGAAGAAUAAAGAACUACCAAAUCACUUGAAAAGCCCACUCACAAUGCAUGAUGACUCACUGCGUGAUUUCGUGGGCAAAUACAAAUUUGCUCUAACAUUUGAAAAUGCAAUUUGUGAUGAUUAUAUAACAGAAAAGUUGUGGCGGCCAUUGGCAGCUGGCACUGUGCCAGUUUACAAAGGUGCCCCUAAUGUUCUGGAAUGGCUUCCUGAUAAAAAAUCUGCAAUACUUGUUGAUGAUUUUGAAAGUCCAAAGGAUUUAGCAAAUUACUUGAGACAUGUAGCUGAAAAUGAAAGUGAAUAUACAAAGUACUUAGCCUUUAAAAAAAAUGGUAUUACAAAUAAUAAACUUUUAAAAAGAAUAAAAUCAAGAGAAUGGGGAGUUAACGACUUAGAAAAAAUGUCAUUUAUCACAGGAUUUGAAUGUUUUGUAUGUGACAGAAUACAUGAAAACAAAAUUCGUUUAGAAAUGGGAAAACCAAUUAUACAUCAUGUGGCUAGUAAAAAACAUUAUGGCUGCCCUGAACCCAAAAUGUAUCACCUUCAGUCACCACCACAGUCAGAAACUUGGGAACGUGAAACAUGGCAGCUUGAAUAUAAUGAUGCAGUUAUGGAAGCACAGAAACUCAGGACAAAAAUUUUUAGUAGAAAUUCAGACAAAUAA